CCCAAACAGAUCCACUAGCUCAGAAGAGUAUUUACAAUCAAGAUGGUUGCAAAGCAAUUAAACAAAAACUAGUAACUACAAACUAUUAACAGACAAACGACUCAUAAUGAAUAAAACAAGAGAAAGUUCAGAGUUAACCGAAAUCGAAUCCAGUAAGGAAUUCGAAGGCAGAAGAAGACUCUCGGAUGAACAUGCAGACAACUCCAAUGGACAGGCUUCCUCCUUUCUCACUAUCGUCACAAGAAGAUGACCUUAAUCGCAGCAAUUCACAAAUCUCACAGACUCACUCAAGUUUCUCUCUCUAGGGUUUUGAAGUAUGCAGCGGAACAGUGCAGAAGGGAGGAUAAAGGAUAUAUAAAUAUCCUUACGAUGGAGCAGAUAAGCCAACAAAAAUACCGGACCCAAAAAAUAGGCCCACUAUAAGAGGCUAAACCGGACAGGCCCAACACAAUAACCCAAAGGACCCUUACAAGAUAUAACCCCAGAAAAUUAAGCCAAGUUUAAUUGCUUUGCCAUCCUAUCUUAAUUAUAAUGAAAGAACAUAUGAGAGAAUUGGGAUUAUAUAAUAUCCCAACAAUUUGGCCUCCUAAGACUCAUUCUCAUUCAGGUAUCUCUAAAGGGAGUAUCAUCAUAGCUAGUUUGCAGGAUCUGUGAGACAUGAAUUUCCCCAUUCAUCAUCAACCCAGUUUGGAACCUUUUAUCAAGGUACCUCGAAGAUUUUGAAGAAACUCCUGCAAAAAAGAAAAUUAUCAGUAGGGACAAUUUUAGUUCCAAAAUCGGCAGGAUUUACAUCUCCUAAUAUCUUUUCCACAUUAAUAUUGCCCUUGGCAAUUUCAUCUCUUAUGUAAUGAAACCUUACAUCUAUAUGUUUGGUUUUCUCAUGAUACAUAGGAUCUUUGCAAAGGUAAAUAACACUUUGACUAUCAGAAAAAACAACAGGGACAAGGCUGUUUCUCAGAACUUCACCCAAAAUACCUUUAAGCCAUUUGGCUUCUUUAAUGGCCUCAGUGGCAGCAACAUAUUUAGCCUCAGUAGAGGACAAUGCCACAAUAGAUUGCAAUUGGGAUUUCCAAGAAAUACAGUUUCCAGCUCAGGUAAAGAACCAAGAAGUGGUGGACUUUCUGGUGUCUUUACAAACAACAUAAUCAUAAUCAACAAAUCCUUUAAGGUCUAAAGAAGAGCUAGAACUGUACUUGAGACCUAGGUUUUUAGUUCCAGAAAGAUACCUAAGGGUAUACUUCAUAGCAGUCCAAUGUCCUUCCCUGGGGUCAGACAUGAAUCUGCUAAGAACACUCACAACAAAAGCAAGGGUUGGUAUGGUACAAAUCAUAGCAUACAUCAUAGAGCCAUAAGCAACAUCAUAAGGAAUUUUAUCCAUUUUCUUAGAUUCCUCCAAAGAAAUAGGAUAAUGAUCCAAAUGCCCUCCUAGAGGGAUAAGAGUGUGUUUAGAACCAUGCAUGUUAAACCUAUCCAAAAUUUUUGACAGAUAACUGCUUUGAGAUAAGAACAUGCACUUUUCAGGUCUAUUUCUGUUUAUGACAAUUUCUAAAAUUCUUUUAGCAGAUUCUAUGUCUUUCAUGUCAAAAUGUGUUUUUAGAUCAUUUUUCACACUAACAACUAGCAGUUUGCACCGACCAAUUAUGAGGAUAUCAUCAACAUAUAACAGAAUGUACACAACAUUAUCAGUACCAACAUGCUUGAAGUAUAAACAAGUAUCAUAUUUGCUUUUAAGAAAACCAAGCUCACUCAUGCAAGCAUCAAAUUUCAAGUUCCAUUGUCUAGGAGACUGUUUUAAACCACAUAUUGAUUUUCUUAACAAGCAAACAUGAUCAUGAAUAUUUUCUCUCAUAUCCACGAGGUUGAGACAUGUAAAUAGUUUCAUUUAUAUCUCCAUGUAAGAACUCAGUCUUAACAUCCAUUUGUUCUAAUUCCCAGUCGAAAAUAGCAGUCAUAGCAAUCAAGAGUCUCAAGAUUUUGAAUUUGAUUGCAGGAGCAAAAAUAUCUUUGUAAUCAAUCCCUUUCUUUUGUUUUAAACCCUUAGCAACAAGCCUAGCUUUAUACUUAGGGGGGUCACUGGGAUCAAGACUAUCUUUUAUCCUAUAAAUCCAUCUACAAUCAAUGACCUUAACACCUACAGGUUUAGGGACCAGAGUCCAAGUUUGAUUAGCAAACAUGGAUUGCAAUUCUUCUUGCAUAGCUUUAGCCCAUUCAUUCGACUUAGAACUCUUAAUAGCUUGCUCAAAAGUUUCAGGAAUAUUGAUUUUAACAAUUUCAGAAGCUAUAAAGAUAAACUCAGCUAGGUUAGAAAUGUAUUUCCUAUUAGGAAUACUAUUUCUAGGUUCUCUAUCUCUAACAAGUUGAUAAUCAGCUAAGUUUGGUUCUUCCUAUUCAUUAGAGGCAUUUCCAUUAAGAUCAGUUUCACCAGUAUUUACAUUUACAUCAAGCAAAACAGGCACAUCAUGCAAAUUACUCAAAUUAUCAAGUGAGGGUAAGGUACUACCUUCCUGAUUUGAGUAAGUAUUAAACUGUGCAGUACCUUUUGAUGAAUCGUCAUGGUCAGAUUCUGACAAAGAUUAAUCAUCAUUACCUUCAUGAAGUCCUCCAACAUCAAGGUCACCUUCAGACAGAUUCUUAGUGCCCAGAGAAUCAAAGAAGUUACCAUCAGAAUAAUCAUUUAUGUCACUAGAAGAUGCAUUAACACUUUUAAAGUGAAAUUCAGAUUCAUUAAAUGCAACAUCUCUAGAGAUUAUGCAUUUAUAAACUCCAGGUUGAAUCAGAAGGAGUUUGUAGCCUUUCACACCUUCAGGAUAGCCAAUCAUAACACAUUUAAUGACCCUAGGUUCUAACUUACCUUGAGAGACAUGAGCGUAUGCAGUACACCCAAAAGGCCUUAAAUGAGUUAUGUUUGGCUUCACACCAGACCACAUCUCCUGGGGGGUUUUGAAACCCACCACAGGAGAUGGUGAUCUGUUAAUCAAGUAAGUAGCCGUAACAACAGCUUCACCCCACAUUGAAUUUUUAAGACCAGAUUCAAUUAACAUGCAUCUAUCCUUUUCAAGAAUAGUUCUGUUCAUUCUCUUAGCAAUACCAUUCUGCUGGGGGUACCAGGGACAGUUAAUAACCUUGUAACCCCUUCAAUUUUACAGAAAUUAUUGAAAAUAUGGUUACAAAAUUCAAGACCAUUCUCAGUUUUCAAAGAUUUCAGUUUAAACUUGGAUUGAGACUUAACCAGCUUUUCUAGAUUUUAAAACUGUCAAAAGUUUCAUCUUUGAUUUUUAGUAAGUAAAUCCACACUUUCCUAGAAAAAUGAUCAACAAGAGAGAAUAUUUUCGUCCUCCUAAAGUUCCAAAUUUAGAGGGCCCCCAUAGGUUAGCAUGGACCAAUUCAAGGGGUUGAGAAGUAGCAUAGGUAGAUUUACCAAAUAAGUGUCUAGUUUUCUUACCAAAAAUACAGUUUUCACAAAAAUCAAUUUGACUUGGUUUAAAGUCAAUCAUUCCAUUUUUAAACAAUUUGUUAAGACCCACAUUACCAAUUUGACCUAACCUUUUGUGCCAGAUCUGAGUUCGUUUUUGAAUAGCGUUGUUAGUACCAGGGGCUGCUAUAUUCAGCUCAGGGGAUCCUUCAACAAUGUAAAGGCCUCCUUGCUUAACAGCUUUGAUAAGAUGAUUACCAUUUCUGGAAACCAUCUUAAUGCCAACCUGAGUAACAAUACUACAACCUAACUCAUCAAAAAUAGAUUCAGACAACAAGUUUCUUCUCAAAUAAGGAACCCAUCUCACAUUUUGAAUAAUCCUUACAACUUCAUCAAAUAUCCUUAGAGGCACAUUACCUAUGCCCUUAAUAUCCAAAGCAGUAUUGUCCCCCAACAUCACUUUUCCCCCAUCACACAAUUGUAUAGAAGAAAAAAUUGACUUAUUGGAGGUGGCGUGUAAUGUACAACCAGAAUCAAGGAUCCACUCAUUUUUCAAAGAAGAAUCAGAACAGACAAGCAAUUCAUGUUGUAUUAUGUUAGCAGACUCAGUAUUAGAAUUAGGAUUGACAGUAGGUUUGGAGUCACCUUGUUUAUCCCUUUUUUUUUUCGUACAGUCUCUAGCAAAGUGUCCUUCUAUGCCACAGUAGUGACACUUGAACCCUUUCUUAUCAGAAUUUUUCUUAUCAUUUUGUUUUUUCUUUUUAGAGCCAUUUUUCUUUCCUUUCAUCUUGCCCUUCACAAUUUAAGCUUCAGUUUUAGUUUCAGUCUUUUCAUUAUUAGAAUGAUCAGACUUAGACUUAAACACUUUAAGGGUUUCAUUUUUCUCAAGUAUAGCAUCUAUGAUCUUACCAGGGGUGAGAUCUUUAUUAGAAUACUGAAUGACAUCCUUAAAGUUAUCAAAUUGAGAAGGUAAAGAAUUCAGGAGAAUGACAGCUUGAUGAGUAUCUUUAAUUUUUUUCAUCUACCUUCUCAAUUUCUUGUGUCAUUUUAAGAAAAUUGUCCAAAUUAUCAGAAAGAGACACAUAAAUGUUCAUCUUAAAAGUGAACAACCUACAUAACAGAGACAUUUUUCUAGACAUAGACUUCUUCAUGUAGGUUGAUUCCAGGGUAUCCCAUAACUGUUUAGGGUCUGUUACAGUUGAGAAUUUUCUAGCAACAUUAUCAGAAAAGUGAAUUAUCAGUUCAGAGUAGGCAGCAUUCUUUAAUUCAAUUAGAUCAGACUCAGAUAUUCCAGAUAUUACAGCAUCAGAAACAACUUUGAAGCAUUUUUGCUUCAUCAACAGAGCCUUCAUCUUAAGCUGCCACAUGGGGAAGUCACUAGUACCAUCAAAGAUGCGAAUCUUGGUACUAGUGUCAGACAUUUUCCCAAUGUGGACUCAAGAAAGCAGAUAUGCACAAAGAGCAAAUUAACAGAAAGAGUCAAGAAAAGAGGUAUUAAUCAGAUUCUCUUAACCAACAACAAGCACUCUCUUAACCAACAGCAAGCGCAAGACAAAACAAAUCUGAGCUAGGGUUUCAAGAAUUUGGAUUAUCAAAAGUAACAGGAUAUGCGAACAAAUAAGAAUAAUCAAGAACUAGAGUUUCAACAAGAAAUCAAAAUUCAAUCCAAAGGUUAGAGUUCAGAUUUCAAGAAAGCACACAAGGCUCUGAUACCAAAUUUGUUCUCAGACUUUACGAAGUCACAGUCAAACAAAUCGGAUCUCAAAACUUUAAACAUGCAAUCAAAGCAAAGUAAAAGUAAAAGACACACGAUAUGUUGACGCAAUUCGGAAGAAAAACUUCCUAAUCUCCAGGGUUUCAACAAGGGAAACUCGAUCCCAAACAGAUCCACUAGCUCAGAAGAGUUUUUAUAAUCAAGAUGGUUGCAAAGCAAUUAAACAAAGACCAGUAACUACAAACAAUUAACAGACAAACGACUCAUAACGAAUAAAACAAGAGAAAGUUCAGAGUUAACCAAAAUCGAAUCCAGUAAGGAAUUCGAAGGCAGAAGAAGACCCCCGGAUGAACCAGCGGACAACCCCAAUGGACAGGUUUCCUCCUUUCUCACUAUCGUCACAAGAAGAUGGUCUUAAUCACGACAGUUCUGAGAUCUCACAGACUCUCUCAAGUUUCUCUCUCUAGGGUUUUGAAGUAUGCGGUGGAACAGUGCAGAAGGGAGGAUAAAGGAUAUAUAAAUAUCCUUCCGAUGGAGCAGAUAAGCCAACAAAAAUACCGGACCAAAAAAUAGGCCCACUAUAAGAGGCUAAACCGGACAGGCCCAACAGAAUAACCCAAAAGACCCUUACAAGAGAUAACCCAAGAAAAUUAAGCCAAAUCUAAUUGCUUUGCCAUCCUAUCUUAAUUAUAAUGAAAGAAUAUAUGAGAGAAUUAGGAUUAUAUAAUAUCCCAACACUUUUAACUCUCUAUAUAUAUUCAAUUCACAGAUCCGAUCGAAGUAGUUUAGCUCCUCCAACUCCCUUUCUCUCCCACAGAAACUUUUCCGCCACCAUAGCCGCCGCUGCGGCUAGUCCGGCUACAAUAGCUUCCGUCAAUCCCGUCAUGUCCACCGCCAUAGGACCAUAACCUCUGUGACCAUUUUAUGGCAACCGAUUUGUGUACCCUGCUAUCACCUCCUGCAUGAGUUCCACCGCCUUAGCCUUCAAUUCUUCCGCCAUUGAACCUCCUUAAGGAGUGGAUUCCCCCCUACAGACAUAUUCAUAUAUACGGAGUAUAUAUAUAACAUCCGGUUUUGCUUUAAUAGAUGAAUAGAAAAUCAUAUCGUUUUAUUGAAGGAUAAAUAUAUUACCUCUGUUCUCUUUUAAUUGCAACAUUGAAUUUUUUUCACUAUUCACAUGUUCUAUUUUGACUAUAUUUUAUUUAUUAAUGUAUUAUAAAUUAAUUUUUUUAAAUAUAUUUUUAAAUUCUUCUCAUUUUAAAAUUUUAAAAUCUGAUUUUUAAAAUUUUUUACUAAUAAGGAAUGAAAGAUAACAAUGAUCAAACUUGUGCAUUGACAAACGUGAAAAGUUGACCGUUGCAUUUAAAAAGAAACGGAGGAAGUAUAAAAUUGAUCGACAUGCGUAAAAUGAAAUUAAACAAGAGGUUGUGCAUAGUAAAAAAUGGGCUGCAUUAGAAUUAUCCUUUAAAGAAGAUGAAUUAUAAAUUUACCUUGAACAUUACCUGGACCACAAAUAUAUUUAAAUAAUAUAUAAUGUCUUUAAUCAGAAUAAAAUGGGCUGCAUUUAGAAUAAUAUAUUAUUCUUAAAUAUAUUUGCUACCUAGUAUGUUACAAGUAUUAAAAAUUAAUUUACAUAUGGUUUAAUUUGAAUAUUAAUUCCAGAUAGUUCUAUGUUUUAAAAAAUUUUAUGGCCAUCAAAGUUAGUUUUUUUUAUUUAAAAAGUUACUCUCAUUCCAUUUUGGUUGUCUUACUUUUCUUACGGAAUUUUAUCAAUACAGGACCCGAAAGAUAGAUGAAUUAUAAAUCCGGAACCUGGAAGAUGAUAUGUAUCAGUAUAAGACCUGAAUGUUGGAAAACUAUCAAUCAAGGACCUCACAUUUUAUAGGUUUUGAUUUAUUUAAUUUUUUAAUAAUUUCAUUGUUUGUUUUUGAUAAACUUGUCUUUACAAAAGUUUAUUAGUUUAAUAAAACUAAAUGAUAUUUAAAAUUUCCAAAAUAAAAAAAAUUAAUAAAAUUCAUGACAUUUUAGGCCCUAGAUCGAUAAUUUUAAAUCAUUCAGGUCCUAUAAUGAUAAUUUUUCAUCAUUCAAAUUCUGUAUCGAUAUAUUUCAUCUUUUAGAUCUCAGAUUUAUAAUUCAUCUAACUUUCGGAUCCUGAUAAAAUUCCCGUUUCUUUUUGGUUGUCUUACUUUUUUUGGAUUGUCCCAAAAUGAAUGUUAUAUAUCCUUUUUAUAAAAAAUAUGUAGUUCAUAUAAUUUGACUUUCUUCUACUCACAUCUCAAUCACAAACUUUACUUUUCUACCACUUUAUUAAUAAUCGUGUCAAACUAUAAAAUGACAUCCAAUGUUGGACUGAGGUAGUAUGUGUUUUAAUUAAAAGUUCAAGUUUUGUCCAAUACUGGUCUGGACCGAUCUUAUUACGUGGAAUAGUUUGAUCCGGCCUUUGAUUGAGAUUAUUUAAGUUCGGUCUCUCGUUCAAUAAUUUUGAAAAAUCUGGUUCUGAUUUGAGCAUGUAGAAAGCAUUCAUUACUGAGUUACUAAACAAGCUACGUGAAAAACUAUUUCAUAUAAAAAAAACAUAACUACAUAUACACGAUAAAUAUUUACAAUUAUAUCGUUAUAUUUUUGCAUUUUUCUCUCAAUCAUUUCUCGUGGUUUCGUGUUUUCAUGCUCCGACAUCCUCAUUGGGAGGAUUAUUAGGAGAUUAAAUUGGUGACAUGUCAGUUUUUUUAGAGAAUUAUCAAUGAGUGACAUAUAUUUUUUAAUAGGAUUAUUUGCUACAAUUAUCUAGGAUCAAAAUAUGAAUCCGAAUAUUUUAAGAUUAUUUGAAAAGUAUAUGUAAUAGAGAUAAAUGCAGGACAGAAAAAACAGAUUAUUUGAAGAUGAUGAUUAAGAGACAUUAACAAAUUUUGAGAUUAUUUUAUAAUUAAUUAUAUAACAAUAUUUAAAUGGUAAGAAUCAUAUACUACCUAAAAAAUUGAUUAUUAAAGAUCAUGAAUUUUCCAUCAUUUGCAAUGGAGCCAAAGAUUCAUUAGCUCACUAAACUGUCUGCGCUUCUUUGUUAUGAAGCUGUAGUCAGUCCAUGCAAUUUUGGACGCGAUUUUCACUAUGAGUCAUCUGGAAACAGUCUCUCUAUGCUUUAGUGCAGGGGUAAGACUGCGUACAUCCGACCCCCUCUUACCCCAUCGUAGGUGGGAGCCUUUGAAGCACUGGGGUAAAUGAAAAUGAAAGAGAUCAUGAAUGGAGAUACUCCUAUCCUGUUUUUCAUUUUUUGGUUGUGCAAAUUCUAACGUAUAAAACAAGCACAUAGAUAAGUGGAAAUGUGGAAGGCAAUUCAAUGCUUGGAUCAGUUGGAUGGAAAUGAUCCCGUCGCAAGGAAGAGGACCGAUUCUGUUACCUUUCUUGUUUAAACGUUGAAAUGUCACCCUCCCCAACGGUGUAAGGCAAGUCCAACAAAUUGGGACCUACAAAAUAAGGACACUUCAAGAUUGCACCAUGACUUUCGGCCACAUGAUCUUGAUCAUGAUGUACUACUCAAUUUGGAUGGCCAUUAUUUUAAGUUUUGAGCUAUUUAAGUAUCAAAACAUUUGGGUUAUGGCCUCCCAAGUCCCAACCCUAUGUUAAUCAUAACGUGUUAUUAAUCCAAAAAAUAAAUUAAAGGGCAAAGGAAUUGGCCAUAACCACAUAAAUUAAAUGCAUCACGUGUACUGGCAAUAUCACUACAUGGAAGUCCCUAAAUGAAUGUCUUACUUCUUUAACUUCCUUAUUUGGUAAACAAUUCUACAUCAAACAGUGCAAAACAAUGUCAAACGGUGUUCAAAUAGUGCACUCUACGGUAAAAUUUACCUCAGUAAAUUCAUUUACUUAAUAUGUGUGAAGUCAAACCAGGGCAAUCUUUCGGGGGACGGAGGGAGUAUAUUCUUUAUCUUUAGGCACCUUUUAUGAGUUCUAUCUCAUGAUGUUUUUUUGGAUUGUUUUUAGUCCCAGACUAGAUCAGAACAGACUUCAACAGACCAGAUCAGGACAAACCAGACCAAUCUAGACCUGACUUGGACAGUUAUAAAAUACAAAGAGACCAAACAUUUACCAAACCAAACAAGACUUAACAAACCAGAUCAGACCAAACUAGACCAUACUAGCAAAUUUCAAUCCAAAAGAAAACAUUCUCGGUAUGCAAUUCUAAAAAAUGUCUCAAUUUUUUAGGACGGUACAAUAAAUUUUAAAAAGUUGCUACCCCUAUAAGGAUAAAUUCCUAAAGUUGACUGCAUGUAAUUCGUUUUAGGGAAUUGAAGAAGUAAUUAGGGAAUUAAAAGAUGGUGUAUGAGUUAUAUAUUUUUCCUUCUUAAGUUAUUAAUUAAAUAGGUAUUUUUUAAAAACACAAUGGCUGGGAGCCUGGCAACUUCAAGUCUUCACUUGAUCUAGUAUCAUGUACAAUAUAUAAGAACAAAAGUACUUAAUGCGCACAUAAUGGUAGGAGCUGAGCUGAUAGUAAACUCUACCAGUUAGGUUGAGCAACUUCAAUUCCAUUCUUAAAUAUAUAAACCUAACAGUAGAAUUAGGUUGGUUGUAAAAGAAAAGAUGGCAAUUUAGAGAAGAUGAUGGAAUGGUGUUAGCAUUUAUCAGUAGUAUAAUAAAGAGCAAAACGACCAGAAAAGGAAACAGUACAUGGGACAAAAGGGAAGGCCCCAUAGCUACUUCAACUGCCAUCUUCAGGGUUUCCUUGGAGUAGCAUUAAAGACUGUGAUAUCUCUCAAUCCCCUUCUUCCUCUUUUGCUUCUCCUCUCUUAACUUCAUCUCACUCUUUCACCAUCCAAAACCCAACAGAUUUGUAUUACCCCUUUUUAAGCUCCUAAAUCAUACAAAAUGCUACAUAUUAUAUGGAGCUCAAACUAGUCACCGAAAGUUUAAUGAGUUUUAUACAAAAAGAUUUUCAAGAAUCAAGAACAUGAAAUGUCAUGGCUCUCAUAUUCUCCUUAUGCUUCUCAUCUUCACCAUCACUGUGACACCCUUCACCACCCGUGGCAUGAACACGGGUGCCUCAUUAAUCACCCCUUCUCCAGACUCAGGAGGAGAUACAAAUGAGAAUGGACACAAAAUUCUUGAAAAGGUGAGAGCUUUGCUAGGAGUGGAUAUAAGCUUCUUCAAGUUAGAAGUUGUUGCAAACAAUGCGGGUGAAGGUUCGGUCUCCUUCUCGCCAUCGCCAUUGCCUUCUACCUCUCCCCCUACGCGGAGAAGAGGGACCCACCGAAACUCACAUUCCCCUCGGAUUCCACAAGCCCCACAGAGCAAAGUUAGGGAGAACAAGCAAAGGGAUGGAGAAAUAACAGUCAGUUCUAGAAGGAUUGUGACAGCAGUAAUUGUGUCGGCGGCUGUGACAUCUGCUUUUUGCACUAUUGGUCUUUUUUGUGGAUUCAUAAGGUUCAGGAAACAGAUGAAGAAAAAGAAAGACUAUAACGAUACACCCACCUCUAUGAAGAUCAAUGAGGAGGAGGAAGAAGAAAUACAUAAAGCUGGUCGGCAGGGGAUUGCGGCUGUUCAUACAUCAGAAGAGGAUGAUGAUGAUGGAUCAUCCGGUGAAGAAUCUUUCCAUUCUGUAUGCAAUGAACAUAUUGACUCGGCUGAGAUUAUCUCCCAAGAUGAGUCAAAGCUCCCGUCCAAAAAAGUGCCACCACCUCCUCCUCCUCCACCACCACGGAUGUCACAGCCUUUUAGUGAAGCAUCAGUUUUCUUGACGUCGCAACCUUUUUCUUCACGCAGGAGCUUGGAUUCUUCUUGUGCUUCACACCGAGCGGCAGAAAAUGAAAUGCCGCUAAAACCUCCACCUGAGGCUAAUUUUUUCUCAAAAGGUCCGCCACCACCUCCACCGUCACAGCCGUUCUGUGGCACGCCAUUUCUGGGAAAAGAUGGGAAUAAACUCCCAAGACUGAAACCUCUCCAUUGGGACAAAGUAAGAGCUCCACCUAAUCGUUCGACUGUAUGGGACCAGCUCCAACCUAGCUCAUUUGAGUAAGAUUUGAUGAGGAAAAGAUGGAGUCGCUUUUCGGUUAUGACAACCUACAAAACUUUAUCAACGAGGAUGCUAAAAGCAAAUCUUCAUCUCCAAGGAAACAUGUUCUCGAGCCGAAGAGAUUACAGAAUAUAACCAUACUUUCAAAAGGUUUGAAUGUCACUUCAGACCAUGUUUGUGAGGCUUUAUUAAAAGGAAAGGGGCUUUCUCUGAGAGAAUUGGAGGCAUUGGCAAAAAUGGUACCAAACAAGGAAGAAGAAGCCAAACUGAGAAGUUACAAAGGAAAAAUAAAUGAAUUAGGAUCAGGGGAGAAGUUUGUCAAGGCGAUGUUAGGGGUGCCAUUCGCUUUCAAGAGAGUUGAAGCCAUGCUUUAUCAAGAAACUUUCAGUGAUGAAGUUCUUCAUCUCCGAAAAUCUUUCUCAACGCUUGAGGAGGCAUGCAAGGAGCUGAGAUCGAGCAGGCUCUUCCUAAAGUUACUGGAAGCAGUCCUAAAAACCGGAAACAGAAUGAACGUAGGGACGACACGAGGCGGAGCAAGAUCAUUCAAACUUGAUGCUCUCCUUAAGCUGGCUGAUGUGAAAGGAACCGAUGGCAAAACCACACUCCUCCAUUUCGUCGUCCAGGAAAUCAUCCGCUCCGAAGGCCUCAAAGUCUCUCAGAGUAUAAUGGGAAAGAUUGAACCCACUGACUACAGGAAGAUGGGCCUGGAUCUUGUUUCCAGCCUCAGUAAUGAGCUCUGUAAUGUGAAGAAGACUGCCACCAGCGUUGACACAGACAUGCUGGCUAAUUCUGUCCUUAACCUUUCUGUCGGGUUGGAAAACAUAAAGAGGCUCUUGAAUACGGACUUGGUAGGUGUGGAGGAAAAAGAUGACAUCUUUCUGCAGUCUAUGGGGUUGUUUUUGGGUUAUGCAGAGAGGGUGUUGAAGGAAUUGAAGGAAGAUGAGGAGAGGGUGCUGUUGAGGGUGAGGGAAAUCAGGGAGUAUUUCCAUGGAGAUGUGAGGGGAGAUGAAUCAAGCCCCUUGAGGAUUUUCAUGAUUGUCAGAGAUUUCUUGGGUAUGUUAGAUCAUGUUUGUAAAGAGCUUAGAAACUCAAAACCUUCAACUGCUCAUCCUAACCCUUUAUUAUUAUCUCCAUUCAGGUAGUGCCUGAUGUAGUUAGUUUGGGCUGGUUUUGUCAAUAAUUUAUUCCUUUUUAUGUGUGUCGGUUGUGUAUAUUUAUAUUAAUCAGGUGAUGUUUAUUAACACUAAAUUAAAGAUGUUUUCAUUUAAACCCAAAGUUCUUUGUCUAGUAUUAUUUGGUUGUUGUACCAAGCUUCCCCAAAAAUAGUCAUUAUCAUCAUCAUUACCCCGGUGCCGCAAAGGCUCCCACACCUUUGGUGGGGUAGGGGGUCGGAUGUACGCAGUCUUACCCAUGUACUAAAGCAUAGAGAGAUUGUUUAUCCAUAGUGAAAAUCAUGUCAAAAAGUGCAUGGACUGACUGUUGCUUCAUAACAAAGAGUUUAGUAAGCCAUUUUGAUUUAUUCCAAUAUUCCAUCAUAUUCUCAAGCCAAAAAAAUAGCGAGUCUUUGGCUCCAUUGCAAAUGAUGGAAAAAUAGUGCAAGCAAAAAAGACCGCACUAUAGAUAAAAUCGUGCUCAUUCUAAAAAUUUUGAGUCCCAUGAAUGUAAAUGUUGUAACUAACACCUAUGGAGUUCAAAAUAAUAAGACCAUAUGACCAUGCAUCUCAAAGGUAUAUAUGUUAGGGAUGAUAGGCUCAAAGAAAUAUAGUUCAUCCAAUAGAGCAAGUUUUAUGAGACUAAUGUGCAAAAAUAAAGUGAAGGUGGACUCAAUGUGUAUACUAUCAGUGGCAUGGGACAAAAAGUGAUGUUCUAAGCUAUUCAAUUUACAUAAAGGAUUCAUUGAGUGAGACACUUUUUUACAUGAAAUGGGAAUCGAACAUAAGAGCUCAUAUGCAAUUGAAUGGUGCAUAACAAAAAAAGCACUAAGAUGUGUACAUGACCUCGCCAUUAAGAAUGAAUAUACACGAACUCAAUAACUCAAAAUAGAACCAUGAAGCCGGGAUGUAGUAAAAGCUAACCAUCAUGUAAAAAACAGAUCAUGAUCAUCAAAACACAAAGUGAAGCUUGGGGUGCCCCAACCAAAAGGUAUAUAAUUGUUCAAACAUUAGGGUGUCCUCGUAGAAGUAAUAAAUAUGACAUAAAAACCAAUAGGUAUGCAUCAAUUCUUGCAUGCAAGGAGGUUUGAUCAGACUUCCCAAACCUGAUGCUAAAAAAUGUUACAGCUUCACACAUAUUCUUAGUAAAGUGUAACAGGUCUCUUCAAAAUUUUACUCUUCUAUACUUUCUAAUAACAAAUCCAGAUCGUCUUUCUCUAUGACAGAAGUGCUACAGGCAAUUUAAAAGGGGAUUGAAAAUUAAAUGACAUUGUCUUACCAUCAAGCAGUGUGUCAAGAAGUGAUUCACUGGAGGGCAUUUUGCAAGUGUUUUCAUAAACUAGAGACUAUAUCAUCCAAAAAGUACAGUGUAUUUUUGCAAGGAUAACAUCGUCAUCCAAAACAUGUCAAAGAAGACUUGUGUAUUGCCUACUCUUAGCACUAGUUUGUCCACCCAGCACAUAUGUGAGACCCAUAAGCCACCAAUAGUGAUUUCCCUAUGUGUAUUAGUGGUACUAAUGCCCCAAGCUUUUGGUCCAUAUAAAAAACAACAAAACUAACUACAAAAAAUGAAUUUGUCAACUUUAGCUAACACACUUUCAAUGAUCCCAAGAAAAUAUUUUAUCGAGAUAUCAAUAAAAGACACAUUAGUCGGUCAAUGACCCGGCUUGAUUCUGUAUAUGUUCCAUAUAAUUUUCUCUAACCUUUGGCUACAAAGAUAUAGUAAUUAUAAUUUAAUCCCCGUAUUAUUUUCUCUAACCUUUAGUUAAAUAGAUAUAGUAAUUAUAAUUUAAUGAAUAUAGUAUUCAUGCAGUUACUAAUCAAAACUUAAAUGGUAUUACUAUAAGUCACCAUGAAUGUUCCUAAAUCUUAAUCAAAUUUUGUUGACAAUCAUGUGCAAUGCUUGUAUAGGAAAAAGUAGGGUUGGGCACAUCAAUUUCAGUUUGGUUAUUUGUGAUUCGUGUCUGAUUUAGUUUGAAACGGAUUGGAAGAAAGAUUAUCAAACAACAAUCGCACAUAGUACGAUUUUUGGAUUUGAUUCGGUUCCAGUUAGUUCGAUUUGAUUCGGCUAGUAUUUGUUAUUUUUAAUAAUAUAAUAUAUGUAUAUAUAAAGAUUUUAUCAAAUUUUGUAGUCGAUUCGAUUUAUUUAUUUUUACUCAAUUUCGAUACGUUAUUCAAUUUAGAAGAAAUUCUCUUAAAAUCAAACCAAAUAACAUAUGAUCGAGUUUUUACUCGAUUUAGGUGGAUUCAAUACGAUUGGGGAAAAUGUCAAAUAAGUCUUGUACUUUCUCAAAAAAGUAUAUUAGGAGCAAUGGCUUGUUUAGUAUCAAAUUCAACACCGUGAGGAUGGAAACUUAAGCAGAAAAUGUAGGCUACUACGAUGGAGACUGAAUCAGAAGGUAUAGGAGGGGGCCCUGGAAACUGAACCAGAAGAAAUGGGCGGGGGAUAUAUACACAGAUGUUUCCCUUUCUGCUCAUCCAGAUGCUCCUCUCUCACUCAGAUUUAAUUUAUGAAGUGAGGUAGACACGGUUUUCAAAUCCAGUAAAUAGAAGUACAAUAUUAGUUUCUCACUUUCUGAUGUGAAACCAAUAAAACUUGCAGCUAAUAAUUUCCAGUAACAAAAAGAGGAUGAAAGAGAAUAAAGGGGGAAAGAACCCAGAGAAGUUACCUGGGCGGCGACUGUCUGGUGGAUCUGCCGGGCACGGGGGAGGGCCGCCAAACUUUUAAUAUGGAAUAAUUAAAAGCCAACAUCGACCAAUUACCUACUUAUUCCACUCACCUUUACCCUUUCCUCAUUACCACAUGACGCAACUGUUGCAAGCUACGAGCAGGGAGACUUAAACCACGGAGAAAUGGAGUGCUUAGCACGCCUUGAAGAGACCUAAACUAGUGUAAUGUUGACUGGGUAUGAAAUUCAAAGCUCCGGCAAUGAUAGCUACUAGAAGAGAAAGGUGCGGAGUUGGAGGCGUAGCUUGAACUGGAGUUGCUUUUACCGGCGGGGAUGAGUGGCUGUUUUGAGCUCGAUUAGUUUAUUCGGGUAUAAUUCUG